AUGAAGAAGACAUGGUUCUGGACACUUGCACCACGAAGAUCGACUGGUCCUUCGACAAUUUCGAGCCAACCAAGCAGCUCCUCCAAAGCUACAUCUACUGCGAGCUGGCAAGCUUUCACCCAGAGAUUGUUGAACGGGACAAGGAUCUGCCGCAGCCUCGGAGGUGUUGAGAAGAUGCAUCGCUAUUCAGCUGAAGGGGGAAGCUUGAGCUUUUGA